AAAAAAAAAAGUGAAACGAAGAUUAUUUCCUAAAAAUAAAACAUCAACGAAAAGAAAAUUAACAAAUAUUUGAAAGAGAAAUAAUAAACAUUGAAACAAAUAGAGAAAAAUCAUAAACAUCCAAGAACGAUUGUAAGCAGUGCACCAGUGUGCUGUUGUAAUUCAACUGUGUAUUAAAAGAAUAGAUUUACAAUUGUUGGAAUAUCACUUCACAUCAAACUGUUUCAAUAAAUUGCUGUGAAGAUGAAAAGUGGAAGCCUAGCAAUGUUAUGGUACAUUUUCAACACCUUCAUGCUAAAUGAACUUUUUGCCACCAGUUUCUAUCCCAAGUCAAUUGCCAUUUCGGAUUAUGGGAUUGAAAGGAUCUUUAAACAUAAUCCUAAUUCCCAAUUCAAGCACAACUCACAUGGAAUACUAACAACAAAACCAAGGAGACGAAGAAAGAAAAAACUUUUACAAAUUUUGGGAAAGGAUUUCAAUCCCAAUGUGAUGUCUAUUAAUAAACCAAAGAACAAAAAUGGAUCUUUGACAUACGUCGACUAUCCAAUUGACAGCAUGAUGCAAGAUGCAGUGAAAGACCUAAAGAUUAAUUUAACCUAUGAUAACAACACCGCAAUGGCUCCUGAUACACAAAUUAUCGCUGCUAUUAAAAUGUGGCUUGUAAAAAAAUCUUCAUGUCCAGUUCAGUAUUCCUGGGUUAACGUGGGAGAAUUUUUUUGGCCGCCAUGGAUACGGCAGGGAAGUUGCACCGACAAUGGACAGUGUUCGUGGCCACCUGGCAUGCGUUGCGUGUCUGCAAAAAGUAAAAUUAUCCAUCUGCUAAGAUGGAACUGUAAAGAUCGACCCGGUAAUAAGGUGUCGAAUAGAUCUAAGAGCACUAGUCUUAAGUUGGGUUCGGUAAGGAACGGAAUUAAUCGACGGAAAAGUCUUAGACGACGGUGUCGCUGGGAAAAAAUUCCCUAUCCAAUUAUUGAUGAAUGCUUCUGUACGUGCUGAUGACACGGCAUAUAAAAGCGAUGACGCUUAGUAUACUUUAUAAAUUGAUAACUGAACUACUCCUGACUGGCAGAAAUAUUUUGCUUUUUCUGUCUAAAUCCUUUAAAUAUUUCCCUUCGCUUAAUUUAUUGUUUUUUAUUAUCACUAUUCGAAAUAUUAUUCGAUCGCCCGUGGUGAGUCAUCUCCGCAAACUGAUUUUGAAACUCUUUCACUUCACAUAUGCCGUUAUAACUUUGAGAAAAGCAUGAACGUUAUUGCACAACAUGUCCUUUUCCUCUAUAAGUAUGUGACUUUUCGGUUCACAAAUAAAUCAUUAUUUGUGGGAAAUGACGUGCCAGAGCAGCAAGUUCUCUUCUAAUUAAAUCUACGAUCUAGUUUCAGCUGUCUAUAUGAUAGUGCAUCAUUUCCAUCACUGAUGUUUAAAAUGACCAACUAAAUAUACAACUUCCAAUCCACCAUUAUCUCUUUAAUCCUAACCAAACAUUGUUUCUGUUUCACUCUUCCUACAUCUUUAUAAAUUUGAUCAAUCAAUGCCCCGUUUCCCAAUCUGUAUCUGCAAACUUAACCGAUUUGUGUCUGUGAACCUAACAAAUCAUUACACCUCUCUCAAUAUCCCUAAGUCCGUAUAAACUAGAGCAAUCUAUCGCUCUCUUUACCAACCAAUACUUUUCUCGCUUUCGUCCUUGUUUCUUUAUGAUCUUGACCAAUCAAGCUUCUCCCAGUCUCCCAUGGUAUCUUUAAACCUGACAAAUGCUUCCCUUUUCCCCAAUCUACAUAUAUCCCUUCAAACCUAACCAAUCGACUCUUUGAGAGAAAUCCAUCUUAAUUAAGCAUAUACAGAUUAUACUGACCAGAAAAAAAAAACAAUAUCAGCUGAUCAGUAGACAAGACUACGCUGAUGAGGCCUAAUAGACCGAAACAUCUCCGUAGUCGUCCCUUGCCAAUAAACAGAAAUCAGACUUUCCGUCUAAGCAUUCAAAAUAACUUUAAGAAAUUAAAUCUUAAUUUCUUGAAAUUAUCUCCCGUUAACCUUGAGGGUCGCUUAUAUUCGCCACUAGAUUUCUGUUUACUUGCUCCAACAAAGAGAGAAAUCAGUGAAGAAUUGUUUGCGUACGACAUUCAAUACAUCAUCACUUAACUUAAUAAUCCUAAUAAUGUUACAGCAAUUAACCAAUCACUAUAAACUCAGGAAAUGUACAUUUUACUGAUAUUCUACAGCCAUGUUGUUUUCUAUUUAUAAUAUCGAGUACUGUUUAUUUUUAAUGACAUUAUUUCAAGCAGUAUUUGUAGUAAAUGAACACUAUCAUUCGAACAAAAACUAAUUAGUGAAGAUGAUAAUAUUGGUGGUGAUAAUAACAACAACAACAAUAAUAAUAAUAAUAAUAAUAAUAAUAAUAAUAAUAAUAAUAAUGAAGGUCAACUGUAUAAACGCUGCAACGAUAUUGGGAACUACGUUGCUAUAUCAAUUUUGAUCAAUAUUAUAUCCUCAGUAACUUAUGAAUAUUCAGAUAUUGACGACUUUUAUACUUAUAAACGCACAUUUAAAAAAUGUAUAUUUCAUAUAAAAAGAAAAUGUAUCAGUUAAAGUUUGUUUUAUUUAUUACUCAUAUAUACUAAUGUCAGUAUACACACUCAAAUAUAUUAUGUAUAUUAUAGAUUGAUAAAUAGAUAGAUGCACAAAAACAUGCAUGUAUAUUUAUUCUGAAGAAAGUAUUCACAGAUUAUAUAUAUAUAUGUAUAUAGACAGAUAUAUAUAUAUGAAGAUAGAUAGACAGAUAGAUAGAUAGAUAGAUAGAUAGAUAGAUAGAUAGAUAGAUCAAAAUAGUUUGAUUCAGAAUCUUUGGUACCCUGAGUUUCAAACGCGAGGCUAGUCUUCGACCAUUGGGGUCUGAAUGUGAGUUCGAUUGAAGAGAGUCAAUGUUUAUUACUGGACGUUAGUCUGCGAUUAGUCUAGAAAGGUUACACUGUAUUGAUGUCGGUAUUUCAGAGACAGCAGUUAGAUGGAAAAUACCGCUAAAAUGUCAAGCAAAAGAUGAACAGGUCAAGGUCGACAAGGUAGACAGGGUGAUGAUCGUUACAAUAAAUAAGCCAUAAUUUGUGAUACUCAACAUUUUUUGCCAAUAGACACCUUUGAUCCUUAUUCAUACAGAUGGACCCCAUAGCUGUACAAUGUUUAUAAUUAAAUAUUAUUAGGAAUUUAAUAAUUAAAAAAUUAAAAUAUGUUAUGCAUUGUCGAAAAUUUAACCAGUUUAUUGCACAUACAUUUUAAUAACAACAUCUUAUAUGGGACCCACCCCCACCCCAAGGUCUAUGAGCCCCGAUUGAGAACCACUGUUCUAGAGUGAAGUCAUACUGAAUGUCAUAAACAUAUAUUUUUCUAUUUAUCUUAUCACUACGUGGUCUCUCGACCUGUUAGAUAUUACCACUAAAUAUUCCCAAAUCACACACGACUAACCAAUUUUUAUUUUAACGAGACGUUAGCUAAUGUUGCUAUUAAUACACUAUCUAAAAUAAAAGAGGGUCAUCACUGUUUGGACAUUAAUAACCAUAAAUUUAUUUGAUCUGGUGGCUCUGGGUUUAAAGAGUAGUAUUAAAUUCGGAGUCUAAAUCAGCGUUUCUCAACCAUUUUAUUCAAUCCUAUUUUGCUCAAUCCCAUUUUACUCCGUUGGACCCUCUUAGCCAUUCGAUUUUUUAAAAAUCAAAACCCUUUUAUAUUUCUAGAAUAAAAUAUUAUUAGAAGUUAUAUAAAAUAUUUUAUAUAUUUCAGAUGUAUAGCCAAUUUAUUGCAGAUAAAUUUUAACAACAAAAUCUUACAUGGCCUCCCAAGGGCCAUGUGGACUCCGGUUGGGAACCGCUAGUCAAAUUCUUUGUAUAUUACAAAAUGAAUAUUAACAUACGUACAAGGCUACAAAUUUGGGGAAGAAAAUCGGGAAUCAAACAUGUAUACAAUUAAUUUUGAUGAACACUAUCAAACACACGCGCGCACGCACGCACACACGCACGUUCACACACACACACACGUUCACACACACACACACACGUUCUUACACACAAAGUACACUUUCCUUCACAAGCAUGCGAAUUGUUUCCAUAAAUUUCCAGGUUUCCGAAUGUAAACAUAUUUACAUAUCGCACUGGAAAAAUUCUAUACAAUAGGAAAAACAUGAACAUUUCAGAAAUAUUCAUCUAUGAAAAGCUCACACAUAUAUACAUAUUAGCAACAAUUAUAACGAUAUAGAAUAUGGAGACUGGUACAUCCUCAAAAUUUAUUUCCUUUCAUUUUACAAUUCCAUCCAGUAUAUUUUUAAUAUGUACAUAUACAUACAUACAUAUGUGUGUGUGUGUGUGUGUGUGUGUGUGUGUGUGUGUGUGUGUGUGUGUGUGUGUGUGUGUGUGUGUGUGUGUGUGUGUGUGUAUUAAAAAUAUACUGUAUGAAAUUUUAAAAUAAAAGGAAAUAAAUAUAUAUUCAAAAUGGUUUCAAAAUGUAACCACAUGUGAAUCGUUGGCGAUUUUUUGCCCUCCGUCUUCCGUUUCUAUUGAACUUUUUUCUGUUUCUUAAGAAGAGCUUUGCUCGAAAUGUUAAACCAUCUUUCUUUCCUUCCCUGAGCGUCUGUUAAUACUUUACAUGUACCACGUCCUCGCGUUGUUGCUUUUUUUGUGUUUGUUCUUUGUUUUUUUGUUUUUUUUUUUACUAUAUAUAUAUAUUGCUUACGUCAUGUGAAUUUAAAAUCCUCGAUAAAACAUGAAAUAAUUCUUUUUUGGAACGGUGAAACCCGAAGCAGAUAAACCUAUAAAUAACAGCGUGUAAGUAAUGGAAUAAAAAAAAAACCUUUCAAUUUUCUAUUCAAACGCUUUUAAAGCCAAUAUUUACAGGUGCUUAUUUAUAGUUUUAUCUGCUUUGAGUUAGCGCUCUAAACACGAAUUAUUUUGAAUAUUAUUCCAUGUUCUAAGUUUCUAAGUUUCUAAAUUCUUAUGGCGUCAGCAUUAUACUAUUCUCGCUGAUAUGAAUAAAGUUUCUAAUACACACGCGCGCGCGUAUAUGUAUAUGUACAUAUUAAAAAUAUCUUGUAUGAAAUUAUAAAAUGAAAGGAAAUAAAUUUUGAGGAUGUACCAGU